AUGUCUCUAAAUUACAUCAAAAACUUCUAUGAAGGAUGUGUUAAACCUCCGACUGUGAUUGGUCAAUUCCACACACUUUUCUUUGGAUCUGUCCGAAUGUUCUUCCUGGGAGUGUUAGGUUUUGCAGUUUAUGGGAAUGAGGCUCUGCACUUCAGCUGUGAUCCAGACAAAAGAGACAUAAACCUUUUCUGCUACAAUCAAUUCAGGCCGAUCACUCCACAAGUAUUCUGGGCAUUACAACUAGUGAUUGUCCUGGUUCCUGGAGCUAUUUUCCAUCUUUAUGCUGCAUGUAAAAGCAUCAAUCAAGAAUGUAUUCUUCAAAAGCCCAUCUACACUGUGAUCUACAUCUUCUCAGUUUUAUUAAGAAUUACUCUAGAGGUGAUAGCAUUUUGGCUUCAGAUUCGCCUCUUUGGUUUCCAAGUAAAACCACUUUACUUGUGUGAUGCUGCAUCUCUUGGGAAAAAAAUGACUAUUAUAAAAUGCAUGGUUCCAGAACAUGUUGAAAAGACCAUUUUUCUCAUUGCAAUGUAUACAUUUACUGUAAUCACAGUGGUAUUAUGUGUCGCUGAGGUUUUUGAGAUUGUAUUUAGAAGAUUAUGUUUUCUAAUUAGGCAAUGA